AUGGCUGUUGGAAUACUGGAAGUGUUCUUGGUUAGUGCUAAAGGCCUCGAGGACUCAUAUUUUCUGGGUGGUGGCUCUGAUCCUUCAUGGAAUGAAAGAUUUACAUUCAAGGCGGAGUAUUCGGGAUCAGGUGAUGGCUACAAGGUCGUUCUCAAAAUCAUGGACAAGGACACCUUCUCUUCCGACGACUUUGUUGGUCAGGCCACAGUAUAUGUGAAGGAUUUGUUGGCAAUUGGAGCAGAGGAAGGGAAAGCUGAAAUUCAUCCUACUAAACAAAGUGUAGUUAAUGCUGAAAAUAGUUACUGUGGAGAUAUUACAGUUGGUGUUACUUUCACCAGAAAGGUUGAAGGAAAUGAAGAUGAAGACGAAGACGAAGAGUAUGGUGGUUGGAGGCAAAGCAAUUUCUAGUUUGUGUAAAUUGUUUUGUACUUUGUGAU